GAUUGGACCUCCUAAUUAAGACCAUCACUUUCUUCUGCGUCUGGCUCUCCGCGUUUCUCCUCUCUCGACUCCCGGCGAAAUCGAAGGGCCGAUCCAUAGAUCGAGCUACGGUCUGUGCGCGCCAGAGGCGGAGAAGAAGAGAUGGGAGAGGAGGUCAAGGUCUCCGACGCGCUCACUGGUGUGGGACAAGGAAGCGAAGCUGUCGUAGCGAUCCCUUGCUCCUCUAUCCAGAUCGACAUUUCGCUACCUCUCGACCGGAUGAAGCCUCGCAUCGUAAAUCUAUGCAAGGAUUUGUUUGCGAAGUGGUCAUCUGUUGAUGAAUCUUGUUUCACAAUCGAGACUGUUUCCGGCGGCAUCACAAAUCUUUUGUUGAAGGUCUCUAUAAGAGAAAAUAGUGGGAACAUAAAUCUUCUGACUGUUCGGUUGUAUGGCCCGGAUACAGAUUUAGUGAUUGAUCGCAAACGGGAAUUGCAGGCACUACCACAUCUCUCAGCUGCAGGAUUUGGUGCAAAAUUACUAGGAAUAUUUGGGAAUGGCAUGGUUCAAUCAUUUCUUGAUGCCCGAACACUUUCACCGUCAGACAUGAGCAACACUGAAAUAGCUUCUGAGAUAGCUAGGCAACUCCACAAGUUUCAUAAGGUGGCAGUACCAGGUUCUACAGAACCACAAUUGUGGAAUGAUCUAUUCAGGUUUCUAGAAAAAGCUGCAGCAUUAAAACUUGAUGACAGUGGGAAGCAAGCUAGGUAUGAAUCAAUCCCAUUCCAAGAAAUCCGAGCUGAAAUUAGUAAGCUCAAGGAUCUCACUGCCCUUCUAAAUGCACCUGUCGUGUUUGCUCACAACGAUUUGCUGUCUGGGAAUCUGAUGAUAAAUGACAAAGAAGGGAGACUCUACUUCAUUGACUUUGAGUAUGGGUCAUACAGCUAUAGAGGCUAUGAUAUUGCGAACCACUUCAAUGAGUAUGCAGGCUUUGACUGUGAUUUCAGCUUGUACCCAGAUAAGGAGGCACAGUACGAUUUCUUCAGGAGUUACCUACAACCACAAAAACCACAUAAGGUGCCUGAUCAUGAUCUCGAAGCCCUCUUCGUCGAAACAAAUACAUUCAGGCUUGCAUCCCACAUUUACUGGGCUCUGUGGGCUAUCAUACAGGCGAAGGUAUCCUCAAUUGAUUUUGAUUACCUCUCAUACUUCUUUCUUCGCUAUAAUGAAUAUAAGAAACAGAGGGAAGCAUGCUUCUCCAUUGCACAGGAUUACCUCUCUAGGUUGAAGUGAUCGAAUUUUAGAAGGCAUUUCCCACAAGGUUGUGCAACAAUUCUUUCUCCCUUUACUAUAAUUUAGCUCUCACGAUCAUAUUCCUUUUACUGCCGGUUUGUACCGAUAUGUAUUUGUAAAACAAAAAGAUUAAAGCUUGAGAAACUUGAAAACAA